ACCCGAAAUACCCUUUCAUGGCCACCCUAAUCACCAAGCAACACGGGACCUGGCGGAAAACCUAAUACAAUACGGUGAUAGCUGGUUGUCUCCGCCUCCCAUUAAUUUUUGUUCAUUCACGGAAAAGAUUCAAAACAAUUAGGUGAGUUUUCUUCUUCCAAAUCGUCUAUGUUGAAUUUUCUCUGCAAAACUAUUGUCCAUGGGUCUCAUUAUACUACAAGGGCUGCUUCAACAGUCCCCAAACCAUUUUUACUUGCCAGACACAUCUCAAGCACUUCAACCCAACACUCAUUUACAGUGUCCUACCUCAUAAACUCAUGUAGUUUGUCCCCGGAAACUGCUCUUUCAGCUUCCAAGUUUGUUAAUUUUGAAAACCCAGAUAGAGCAGACUUGGUCAUUGCAUUUUUCAAGAACCAUGGUUUCUCGCAAACCCAAAUCUCGAACAUUAUUGGAAGAGUCCCUUCUGUGCUCUUAUCAGAUCCUGAGAAAACCUUUUUGCCCAAGUUGGAGUUUUUCUACUCCAAAGGCUUUACAAGCCCUGACAUUGCUGGAGUCCUAUCUAGAAGGCCAACCAUUUUGGAUCUUAGCCUAGAAAACCAUAUUGUCCCUUCUUUUGUUUUCUUUAAGGAUUUGCUUGGAACUGAUGUGGAUAUUGUUACUGCUAUUAAACGUUUUUCGGGUAUUCUAUGUAAUGAUCUUGACACUUAUGUGGCCAAUAUCAAUACUCUGCGAGAAAAUGGAGUGCCCGAAUCUUAUAUGGUUAAAUUUCUUAAAACCCAGCCUAGAGUUUUCAUGACAGAUUCGGUUAGGUUUAGAAGGACUGUGGAGGAAGUAAAGAAAAUGGGGUUCGAUCCUUCAAAGAUGAAGUUUGUUGAAGCUGUUUAUGCAAUGAGUGGUAUGAGUAAAUCUACUUGGGAGAGGAAGGUCAAUGCUUACAAGAGGUGGGGUUUGUCCGAGGCGGAGAUUCUUGUAGCUUUUAAAAAACACCCCUUGUUUAUUUUGGCGUCUGAGGAUAAGAUUGAGAGGGCAAUGAAUUUCUUUGUCAACAAAAUGGGCUGGGAGUCUUCGCUUAUUGUCGAACGUCCAAUAAUACUUGUAUUGCUGAGCUUGGAGGAGAGAAUUAUUCCGAGGACUUCUGUUAUUAAUGAUUUGAUGUCAAAAGGUCUGGUUGAGAAGAAUAUUUACUUGCCUACACUUUUUGAGUGCCAGGAGAAGAAGUUCCUGGAGAAGUUUGUGACACCUUAUAAGAAGGAAGCUUCUGAGCUAUUGAAGCUAUAUGAAAAGAAAGGGGAUCUUGAAGAAAUGACAAGAGAAUGAGAAUGGAAUAUGUAUGAGGCAAGGAAUGACAUAAAUCAAUUGUAACCCAAAUCAUGAAUUGAAUAUUGGCUGUUAAGUUAUUUGAUCCAGUAGAAUCCCUUGGUGUUAAACUUUCAACAGUUGGGGUCCACGAGUGUAACUAAUCCAAAAUCCUAUUUCUUGUUAAAUGUGCUAGUGGUUAUUAAGAGAACUACUCCAAGUUCUUUUGUUAUGUAAUUCCUGUUGUUAUGAGAUUUGUUCAUGAUGAAAUUUUAGGGUGAGUUGUCUGUUUGAAGAUCCUGAAAAGUUAUUCCUGCAGAAUUGCAUGAAAUGUCAUAAGACAACUCCGUAGCCAUCAAAGUUAUACAAGUGAAAUUGAAUCUUUCAAUCUUAUGGAGAUUUGCACAUCUUAGCCAUGAAAUUUAUACUAAUGCUCUAUUCCCCUAUCAGUACAAAAAGGCGCACGUUUCAUUUUCAUCAUAAUUGGUUUUGUCUCACUGUUCAGUCAUUCACAAAUCUUUUAUGUCAUUGAUUUCUCGCUCAUAUUUUAUGUAUUAGUUGUAUUGCAUUAUAAUAUAUUUUGUCAUAUAUAGUGCUCUAUGGCUCUUUUACAUCCUCCAUGUUUUAUGUAUAAUUGUAUUGCAUUAUUAUAUAUAUUGUCAUAUAUAAUAAUCCUCUAUGCCGUCCUGUACAUCCUCCACUUUUAACCAAGUGAUGAUAACCGAUUUUUAGUUCUUCCAAGUUACACUAUAUUUAAUUGGAGGAAGGAUAUAGGGAGGGAGGAAAAGAUGGGAGAGAAGGAAGAGGAGAAGAGAAAUCAAAUGGUCGGUCCAAAAUGUAGAAUAAAAUAUGUAAAAUGUUUCUUUUCAUGUGGAAAGGAUUUGGUGUGGGAAGGAAAGGGACUGCAUCUCUCUUUCCAUUUCCAUCCAACCAAACGAGGGAAAUACCUUUCCUUCCCAAUUCCUUUAAAUCAAACAAAAGGGUGAGCUUGAGCUCACCCACAGAUUUUCUUCAACCUAACCAUAGAUUAGGAGAUACUUGCUGGUUUGAGUUUGUUCUUUGCUAUGAGUGUAAAUUAGAAAGUUCAGGUGUGUUCUUUUGCUGCAUGUUUGUACAUAAUUGUAUAUUAUUAUAUUUCUAUAGUUCAUACAAUUUUUUGACUUCUAGAAUUCUAUUAAUUGAACUGUUUUUAUUUUUUUAUUUUUUAUUUAUUUCUUUUUCUUAUUCUUUUUUCUUUUCUUUUUGGUACUUAUGUUUGAUGUGGAGACAAGAAGUGUGUCUGCAGAUUUCGAUUUUUUGGAUGAGCUACUUAGUCUGAUUGAGGAAUUUCUUAUAGAUGGAAGAGUUAUGGUUUAUUAUUAAAAUAUAUCUUCUAAGACAUAUAUCUGGGGGUGAUUCAAGAAUUGACUUUGUCCUGGAUGGUGUAAAUAUUAUGUUGUUGUGUGCGGUUGCUUUUGCUGAAUUGAAGAUGAUAAUAAAAAGAAUAUUUAAAUGAAGUAGAGAGAGAUUUAGAGAGUUUGUUGUUGGGUGCUUUUGAAAAGUGGCUAGCUAAGAGCAUUCUUGACAAGCUUGGCAUUUCUCUCUUUUCUAUUUUGGAGAAAUUCCAUAAAACCAGCCAUCAAACAAGCUCACUUCUCCUUCGCCAUUUUGGUUUUGUCAGAGUCACUCCCCAAAUAUCCUGAGCCAAAAGCUUUCGCCACUCUAUUUUUUAAGGUUAUUUUGUUUUCACUGACCUCUCUUUUGCACCACAGAUUUCCUCUCCUGCUCUCACCCGUUCUCUCAAGCCUUGGAUGCUUUGGCGGAUCAGAGCUUCCAAUCUGACUGACAACCAAAAAUAAAUUUGGGUCAACUCAACAUUGGGCCUCAAGUACGGAUAGAGCCUCUAUUUUUGAUUGGCAAGGCAAAACUCAUUUUGAACAUUUUUGGAUUGUUUUGAGGUUUCAUCCAAAAUGGGUGGAUCAUAUGGAAAGUGCAAAACCGAAGAAAAAAUCAAUCGUGAUAAAUCUAGGGGGAGACAAGGCUUCGCACGGAGCUUUUGUAGACUUGGAGCGACCAAUAGGCCGGAAGGCUGAAAAGGACAAACGAAAGACUAAAGAAAAAAAAUGAAUCUGAGAAUUGUUGUGAUACUAAAUGAGAUGAAGGAAGACAAGAAGAUGAAAAUAAAACUUUUUGAGGAAGCACGUGAUCAUGUUAAAGAGAUGUUGCGCCUCAAGUAAGAGAGUGCGCCUUAGAGAAAAAAACACUUCGAUUGGAACAAGUGAGAGAGGAAAAGGAACUUAUGAUGAUGGAUAAAAGUGCUAUGGAUGAAA